AUGCGUGAGCAGGAGUUUGAUGUGACUGCAGUCUUGGGACGUGUUGGUAGAUUGAGUUUAUUUUUCCUUUUCAGCGCGCUAUCUGUGACUGAGGGAAAUACGCUGAGAUACCAAAUAAAUGAAGAGAGUGGAGCAGGUACUGUGAUUGGCAAUCUCGCUUGGGACUUAUCUUGGACUCCUACACCGGGCACUAAAACGAAUUUUCGGAUGAUGAAACAAUUUAAUGCCUCUUUUAUCAGGCUGAGAGAAAGCGACGGAGAGCUCAGUGUCGGGGAGCGCAUCGACAGAGAAAGAAUCUGCAAGCGCAAUCCACUCUGUCUGCUCACUUUUGAUGUUGUGAAUUUUUCCAAAGAACGCUUCAAACUAAUUCACGUCGAGGUCGAGGUAAAAGACAUAAAUGACAACUCUCCACAUUUCCCGCACACAGAAACAACCAUUGAAAUCUCCGAAAACGCAGCUGUGGGCUCCAGAUUCCCUUUGGAUGCAGCGGAGGACGCGGAUGUGGGCUCUAAUUACAUCCAAAGCUACCAGAUCUCUGUGAACAGCCACUUUACCAUUGAUGCGAUGACAAGAGCGGAUGGGGUUAAAUAUGCGGAGCUGGUACUAAUGAGGGAGCUCGACAGGGAGACCCAGUCCUCUCAUGUUCUGGAGCUUGUUGCAACAGACGGAGGGACCCCUUCUAGGUCGGGGGCCACAAAGGUAACCGUCAAAGUGAAUGACUUUAAUGACAACCAUCCAGUGUUCGACCAAAACAAUUUUGCAGUAGACUUGCCCGAGGACGCGCCUGUUGGGUACCUUAUACUGGAUUUAAACGCCGUGGACACUGACGAGGGAUUAAAUGGUGAAGUUGUGUACGCAUUCGGAAAACAGGUCUCUGCUGAGAUUCGCCAACUUUUUAAGGUGGACCGUAAAUCCGGACGCCUCACACUUGAAAGUCCCGUUGAUUACGAAGAACAAAAAACGUACGAGUUAGAUGUGCAGGCUACUGAUUUAGGAGCGAAUCCCACUCCCUCUGUGUGUAAAGUAAUAAUUCACGUCAAAGACGUGAACGACAAUGCCCCUGAAAUAACCAUCACUCCGAUGACUUCCACUACGGCAGGCAUCGCUUACAUCAGCGAGGCUGCUGAGCCAGACAGCUUUGUGGCGCUAAUCAGCACCUCGGACAGAGACUCGGGAGUGAACGGGCAGGUCCAGUGCACUCUCUAUGGCCAUGAUCAUUUCAAACUCCAAAGGGCGCACGAAGACAGCUACACGAUAGUGACAACGGCGGCUCUGGACCGAGAACGCAUCCCUGAGUAUAACUUAACAGUCGUGGCGGAGGACUUUGGUUCACCCCCAUUGAGAGCCAUUUCCCAGUACACUAUCAGGCUGACUGAUGAAAACGAUAACGCACCGCUGUUCAGCAAACCGUUUUAUGAAGUCUCCAUCGAGGAAAACAAUGCACCAGGUGCAUACAUCAUGACAGUGGUUGCCACAGAUGUGGACUUGGGGCGUAAUGCCAAAAUCACAUACAAGCUGCUGGACAGCCUGGUGAUGGGGUCAUUGGUGUCAACCUUUGUGUCCCUGGACCCAGCCACUGGCUCGGUGUACGCUCUGAGAAGUUUCAACUAUGAGGUCAUGAAACAGUUGGACAUCCGAAUCCAAGCCAGCGAUGGCGGCUGGCCCCAGCUCCACAGCACAGCGGCCAUCAGUCUAAAAAUAGGCGACCAGAACGACAACCCACCCUCUAUAAUUCAUCCCAUCCUGAAUAACGGCACUGCUGAGAUUCUGGUGCCGAGGGAUGCCCCGGCGGGUUACAUCGUCACCCAGAUGAAGGCCAGGGACGCCGACGAGGGCAAAAACGCAGAGCUCUCUUACAAGCUGACAACAGAGGGCGGGGGGGAUUUGGGCUUCUCAAUCAACAGGGCCACGGGCCAGAUCUACAUGCACCGCAAGCUCACCUUCGAGGUGGACGAGGUGCUGAAAGUCACGGUCAGCGUGAGUGACAAUGGCCAGCCCUCCCUGACCUCCAUGGCAACAGUGCACUUCAUCCUCACCGCCGGCGCUCCCCCCACUGACAACUUGUAUGCCAAAACGGGCGAGGACGAGCCUCAUGAAUGGGACAUGUCAAUUGUAAUUAUUGUGGUGUUAGCCAGCAGCUGCACAGUACUGUUACUCGCUAUUAUCUUAAUUACCACCAUUUGCAGCCGACACAAAAGAGAGAAGAGAGGAGCAGGAGGAGGAGGAGGACGAGGAAGAGGAGGAGGAGGAGGAGGAGGUGGGUUUCGUGACAAAGAAAACGUGCCUCGCCUGGAAAAGGGAGAGAGUAAUAUGGUCUCCCUCAUAUCAGAGCACCCUGGCAACAUGUUUGACGCACAGCCUUUCACAAACACAUCUGUGUUCAUCAACCCCACUGCUGCACCUGCAUCCGGUAAUGACAUGUGCCCAAGCAGCCCCAAGACUGUCAGAGAGAAAAGCCACGCGUUCAAUCCCAAAGGGAAGCCAAUCAACUGCAAGGUGGAGGGCUAUAGCACCUUGCCUGGCUAUGGAAAGGAAACCAUAAGACCGAUUACAAUAUGGAAGGGCAAUUCAAUGACAACCAUCUCAGCGAGGGACCCACAGAUCAGUGGAAAGGACAGUGGGAAAGGAGACAGUGACAUCAAUGACAGCGAUUCAGACAUCAGCGAUGGGAACAAAAAGGACUGCCAACCUGUUAAUGCACUCUGGGCCUGCACCAGCGAGUGCAAGAUCCUGGGCCACUCUGACAGAUGCUGGAGCCCCACCGCCACCAGGCCCAAUGGCAACCCAUCCAACAGACAUCUCUCAACAUUCGCCAAGACAGCCACGCUGCCCAGGGACAGUCUUCAGAGGGAGAGCCACCACCACCACCACCACCACCACCACGGCAACAAGGCUCAAACGACGCCCAAGACAAGCUCUCCCUACGGCCUGCAUGAAAAAGUUCCGCACAGGAAAUUCGAGUACAUACUCGUGUGCUCGUCGCAGCCGGAGAAGAUCCCGGAAUCGGAGGAGGUGGCCAUUCCAUUGUACACACAUUCCACAAAGACAUUUUCGACAGAUGAUGACGAUGAGGACGAUGAUAGCUUUUCGAAAUCAUGA